AAAUGACAUCACCGUAUGCCAAAAAAAGAAUAAAGAGCACCAAAGAGAGUGCGUGCGGAAAGAGUGGAUAUUAAGGGAGUAUUCCAGCUUCUCAGUAUCUUGAGAAUUAAGAGAGAAUUUUUAAGAGAAAUGCGUGUGGCUGAGAAGCAUGUUAAAACCAGAAUCAGCACAGAUAACGAUAAAAAUAAAAAUAUUUCUGUAAGUACGUAUAUAAGGAGAUCACGGAAUUUGGGUAGAUCAUUCAGCUUCAUCUUGUUGGCUUCCGAGCACACAGCAUCCAAGGCCGCACUCUCACUGUUGCUCCUCCUGGGCUCUGUUCUGACUAUGGCCAAGUCCGUUAACAAUUCCAGUAGCUCCGCAGGCGAUGGAAAGUUUUCCUUAGAGCUUUUCGGACACCUGGCGAAGUCGGAGGCUGGUGGAAAUCUCGUGUUCUCGCCGUCGUCUAUCAGGACAGGCCUGGCUUUGGCCUACCUAGGCUCCGAGGGCACGACUGCAGAGGAGCUGAAGCAAGGCCUCGCAUUGGAGGGAGCCGACAAGAAUGAGGUUGGCCAACGAUUCGCUCAGCUCUUGGCCAAAGGACAAACGAAAACUAAGGAGGAUGAGGAUGGCGUGCAGUUCAACUAUGCCAACCGUCUCUACGUGGCUGAGCGCUUCAGGCUGGCCCAGGCCUAUCAACAAUUGGCCGCUGAAGGCUUCGACGCAGCUGCCGAGAAAGUAAACUUCGCUCAAGGCUCGAAGGUGGCCCAGAAAAUAAAUUCCUGGGUAGAAGGGCAGACCCAUAAUCAAAUUAAGGACCUCAUUAGCGCCGAUUCCCUCGACGCUGAGACGGUCGCCAUCCUGAUCAAUGCGAUCUACUUCAAAGCCGACUGGGUGCACAGUUUCGCCGAUUACAAAACGGACCUGCAAGACUUUGUCCGCCAUAAUGGAGCCAGGGUUAAGGUGAACACCAUGUAUCAGUCCGACUUUUUCAGGUACGGCGAGCUGUCCUCUCUGAAAGCAAAGGCAUUGGAAAUGCCCUACAAAGGCACGGACAUUGUGUUCCUGAUCAUUCUGCCUCUGGAGGAGCAGGGACUGCCCGAACUUGAGCAAAAGCUUAGUGGACAUGACCUGAACGUGAUUAGUUCGCAGUUGACCAGACAGAUGGUGGAGAUACAGCUACCCAAAUUCAAGUUCGAGUUCGAUGUCUCCCUGAAGCCUGCGCUGAAGGAGUUGGGCAUCGAAGCCCCGUUCGGUCCUCAAGCUAACUUCAGCAGCCUGCUCCAGACCCCGGACCCCCUGAAGAUCACCGAGGUGAAGCACAAGGCUCUCAUCGAGGUAGACGAGAACGGAACCACUGCCAGUGCCGCCACAGCAGUCAAGUUCUCACUAGAAUCUGCCUUCAUGGGGGAAGUACAGCAGUUCACCGCAGACCACCCCUUUUUCUUUGCCAUCAAGGACGCGCAGAGCACCUACUUCUUGGGCCACGUUAACCAGCCCUAAGCUAAAGUUUCGUUGCGGUAAGUGUUUCCAAUAAAUUGAGUGAAACUUAUGAAGUUCCUGCGGUCAAUAAAUGCCAUCUGAUGUCAAG